AUGUCUCAAGUACCCCCAGAGGUCCUUAUUCAUAUCCUAAAGCACCUUCAUACCCCUAGGGAUCUCUAUCAUUCUUUACUAGUUUCGCGCUCAUGGUGCGAAUGCUCAGUAGAGCUUCUAUGGCACCGCCCUACAUUCACAAGGCUUUCUACCCUCGUAAAAAUGAUGAGGGUCAUUAGUCGAGGCGACCAGACUUUCACUUAUAGUCGCUUCAUCCGUCGUCUCAACUUCCUUUUCCUCGGUGCCGACCUCACCGACGCCCUUUUCUCCCGCUUAGCCCAGUGCGACCACUUGGAGCGCUUGACCCUCGUAAAUUGCAAUUCUAUCUCCGAAGAUGCCCUUCUUCGCGUAUUGCCUUGCCUCCCAAAUUUAGUCGCCAUUGAUCUUACAGGAGUCGUCGAAACUUCUGAUCAUGUCGUCAUCGGCCUGGCAUCAGCCGCUAGGCGCCUUCAAGGCAUCAAUCUCGCAGGAUGCAGACAGGUCACCGACGCUGGUGUAUAUGCGCUGGCUUCCAACUGUCCCCUUCUUCGUCGCGUCAAACUCAGUGGCGUUGAUCAGGUUACCGACGGUCCUGUUUCAGCUCUAGCCAAGUCUUGCCCUCUCCUUCUGGAGAUUGACUUGAAUAAUUGCAAACGCAUUACCGACAUCUCUGUUCGUGACGUCUGGACUUACUCCACACAUAUGCGUGAAAUGAGGCUGUCCCAGUGCGUCGAGCUUACCGAUGCUGCCUUCCCAGCGCCUGUCAAGCCUCAGGUCACGCCACGGAAUAACCCUUUCCCAACCGCCCCUCACAGCCAGGAUGAAGGGCUUCCCCCUUUGGAGAUUCCAAGGCCCUUGGACCAUCUUCGUAUGCUAGAUCUGACAGGUUGUGCGCUCAUCACGGAUGAUGCUAUUGAUGGAAUUAUUUCCCAUGCCUCAAAAAUUCGGAACCUCGUUCUCUCAAAAUGCAUCCAAUUGACGGAUAGGACUGUAGAGAAUAUUUGCGUUCUCGGCAAGCAUCUGCACUACUUGCAUCUCGGACAUGCGGCCAACAUUACAGACCGCUCCAUUAAAACGCUUGCACGGUGCUGCACUCGCUUGCGUUAUGUUGACUUUGCAAACUGCGUCCUUCUAACCGACAUGUCCGUCUUCGAGUUGUCCAGCCUACCCAAGCUCAGACGAAUUGGUCUUGUGCGCGUCAGCAACCUGACGGACGAGGCGAUAUACGCUCUCGCUGAGCGACACAGCACUCUAGAACGCAUCCAUCUGUCCUACUGUGAUCAAAUCUCGGUUAUGGCUAUUCACUUCCUGUUGCAAAAGCUCCACAAGCUCACUCAUCUGAGCUUGACUGGUAUUCCUUCUUUCAGAAAAACCGAGUUACAGCAGUUCUGUCGUCAAGCUCCACAGGAGUUCAACAUGAGCCAAAGGAUGGCUUUUUGUGUCUACUCAGGCAGCGGCGUCGCUAAACUGAGAAGCUUCCUGACCGACUUAUUCAAUACCAUCACGGAAGAUAUGAAUGCCGACGAUGACGAAACGGAGUAUGACGACGACUUUGACGAAGGAUUUGUUGAAGGUGCCAUGGAUGCUGAUAUGGAGGGUGGGAUGGAUGGUGAUCUUGACGAAGACUUUAUGCACGAUGGAAGAUACAACUUCCACCCUACGCCUCAACCAGCCGUGUCCACCCUCCGCAUGCAUCAUCCAGAAAUUAUCACCCCUAUCUCACAGCAUCCCGAGCUUGCUAUGCAGCGUGAUAUGACCUUGCGGCCAAGUCAUGUCACCGUUGCCUCAGCUCCUGCCGUGUUCGCUGCUAACAAUCAACUGCCGCCUACGUCAUAUCUUAAUCCACAACCCGUAGCGGGGCCGUCCAAUCCUGCUUUGCGAAGAUCUCGCAUGUUUGGAUAUCAGCCCGUCAUUGAGAUUUCCACUUCCCCCACUCAUAGCGACGUCCCAUCUAAUCGCAGUGCUGGCACAGCCCAGUCGAAUGGAGCGGGCUUUUUCCGCACAUAUCAAGAACCAAUAUCUUCUGCUAGAAGUAAUGGCGCUGUAACGCCCGAUUACAACUUUGCGGAGUUAGGUCAUGGCCGGGGCACAGAACAUGAUACUAUCGAACACAUCGGUCCACCAGUUCCUAGACACAGUUUUACCUCGCCGACGUCAUUCAAUGCCGCUGCCGGACCUUCAACCCAGGGUAUCACCCAGGUGAUGCACUCAGCGAAUUUCGAAUUUCGCCUCGCGCAGAACCCCGAACGUCAUGGUUCGAUGAUGGACCAGGCAAAUAUGGCAAAUAGCUACUAUCUUGCCCCUGCUGCCGCAUCUUCCGACCGCCUUGUGCCAUGGCCACCCAUGCGCCCUGAACCCAUGUACGACAUCCCGUCGCACACCAGCCAGGAGUUACAAGACUCCGUUCAGGCUGCUCUCAGCCCUCCAACAGAUGCUCGUGAAGCUGAAGGAAGAGGCAGGAGCGUCAAGAGAAGCCUUCGAAAUACCUUUCACGCUGCAGAGCAUUUUUUCUUCGGUCGUGGGUCGACUUCGAAUGGGCAGAUCCCUGAGUCGAAUGCCUCGAACCCCUGGGCCCAAGGGAAUGUAAAUAACACCGGCGACGCAGCUGGGAAUGGCGGUCAGCCUCGCUAA